GUCCUACAAUAACUGCACAGCAGUUCUUCUUACUAAGUUGAAUAUUCACUCUGCCCAUCCGCAAGCACUGGUAGCGUCCAUUAAAGUAACCAAUGCAGCUGGUUUGUCAACAAUUGCCUCGUCGGAACCAUACGUACAUUACACAACUUUGCCGUAUGUUGGGAUUGUAAAAGAUAUCCUGCCACACAGAGAAGUGGAAAAUGAGUUAAUGAAUGAUAACGAUGUAGAUUAUCAACUUACUUCUUCAUCCAUCCGGGGAAAAUGGAGUGGAUUUAUCCACCCGCAUCUCAAAGUAACAUAUAAGAUGGGGAUAGGUACAUUAAAAGGACAAGAUGACGUCUUUUCCUUUACAGAUGUGGAUGGGACGCAGUAUGAAGCAACACAACUUGACUUAAAAACACACGAGACGUAUUACACCACGGUGAUCGCGCAGUCAUCAACUGGUUCUGUAAAUUCCACGUCAGAUGGUGUGACAAUUGUGGCACAGAAUAGAACAAUCAAUGUUGAUAUCCAUGAUGGAUUGGGAUGUCCUGACGAGAGCACCGAUCGACUGAAGUUCCCAUGCAGGAAUGAUAUUCAAUUCCAAGCCAGCGUUACAGAUCUCUCAGCUCAUUGGAAGAUUCCAGAGACGUAUAAGGCUUUCAUAAGUCAUGGAUUCUACAGAAUUGAACGAUAUAACGAAGAUACAAUGGCAUGGAUACCGGAGUGUCCGUACACUGACAUCCGUCCUAUUGGUGAAAACCUCACUUUAACCAACUUAGAGUUGUCAUCUGGAUCCACAUACAGAACUGUUGUUAAGUGUUGUACACCUGCAUCCUGCUUUCUCCCACGUUCAACUAAUGGUGUAACAAUACAUAAUCAGCCACCAAUAACUGGUGCAAUGAAUAUCAAUAGUUCUAAAGACGGAAGCAAUGUUACAGUUGUAUUUGAUGAAUUUAAGUCCAAUUCUUCCAGUGGUCAUUCUGUUAUGGACUUUUACGAAUGGACCUUAUCUUUGGAUAACUCUGCUAGUGGCAUUGCAAAGCCUUGGGAAAGAGUCAACACCUAUUCUAUAAAUGGUUCUAUUACAUUGAAUGUAAAAAUUUACCUGCUUGAUUCAAACAAAAUAAAUAAAUGUUGGCACUUCUGUGUCCGUGGAUGGACUUUUGCUGGACUAUCAUCAACAACAUGUAAGGCAGUUGUGGCUUGCAGCGACAUAACCACAAAUAAAAUACUUGAAACUAUUGUAUUCGAUGUAAAAGGGCCUAUCACCUGGAUCAAAAAUCAGCGUUUGGAGCACGACGAUGUCGAUUACUCGUCUAGUAGAGAUACAAUAUCAGCAGUGUGGCCAUCCUUACGCCAUGGGAAAUAUAGCUGGGCAGUUGUACAACCACCAACGGGAACAUUAGAUGUCGAAGCUAUUCCAAUCAAACUAUGUGAAAUGCGUGAUGCUAUAACAUGUGGAGAAACAGAAGACGAGUAUGUUAAUGCCAACAACCUAACUCUCUAUCAUGGAAAAACUUACUUUGUUUGUGUAUUUGCAAAUGAGACGGUCCUUAAUCACGAACGAUUUGAGGAACAUCAUCCUGAAAUGAAAGCAUGUAGCGAUGGUGUCAAAAUAGACUGGACUCCACCAGACCCAGGGAGCGUAUAUAUACACGCCUACAAACAUCCACUUGGUACACAGGG